UCUUGGCUAGACCGCGUCUGAUUUGGGACCAAAUUGUAUGUCCUUGGUACAUCACAGAUAAAAAAGAAAGCAUUGGAUGUAGACACUAAAAGUAAACUUUACUUGGAAAAUGACAUCACUGAUGAUAAUUGACCGUGUGAAUGUAUUGAGAGAAAGAUAUUGAGAGGUCUCUGAGACAAUUGAGAGGAAGUCAGGAGUGACGUGAAACAGGCUAUUUUGUUGAAACCACCCCCACUGAACCACACGGAGGUGGUCUUGUGGGAGCCUUCUAGAAUUUGGUGACGUCGCGGAAGGUGACCAGACCGCACUUGGAGUGUCCGACAAAACUGCCCAACAUGAGGACCAGUUUGAUCAUAAUUGUUCUGGCGACGCUGACAAUUCUGCCAGAGAUACGGUGUCAACAAGUCGGCGAGGCCCUGAAGAGCCAUUUGUUGACCGGCUAUAACAAGUACCUCCGGCCGGUAACCAACUCAAGCCAGAAGAUUGACGUGACCUUCGGCGUGGCUCUGCGGCAAAUCAUCGACUUGAAAGAGAAAGAGCAGACGUUUCGAAUCAACGUCUGGCUACGAAUGUUCUGGACAGACUACAUACUGCAGUGGAACGCUUCCGACUGGGAUGGUCUGACAUCAGUGACCGUACACUCCUCCGAGAUCUGGCGACCGGACGUAUUCCUCUACAACAAUAUUGGUGAUUCCUACGGCAAUGUUGAAGAGAUCACCAGCAUCACUGUCCAAAACACAGGAGCGGUUGCCUACUACCAACCUGGCAUCUUCGAAAGCGCAUGCCCGGUUAGUGUCGGGAGCUUUCCGUUCGAUACACAGGAAUGUGAGCUGGAGUUCGGGUCCUGGAUUUACACCGGCCUCUCUCUGGAUUUCCACAACAAUGCCAAUGAGUCGGACCAGUCAAGUUACAUCCCGAAUGAGGAAUUCGUGCUCACAAGCGCCCCGCUGUCAAAAAGG